AUGACUUCGAAAAAAGUGAUAUUAGUUGCAUUGAGUGGAUGCUCCUCCAGUGGUAAGACGACUAUAGCAAAACUUACAGCGAGCUUAUUCAGAAAGGCUACAUUAAUUCAUGAAGAUGACUUUUACAAACAUGACAACGAUGUCCCAGUAGAUGCUAAAUAUAACAUUCAAAAUUGGGAUUCACCGGAAGCUCUUGAUUUUAAACUUUUUGGUAAAGAAUUAGAUGUAAUCAAACAAACUGGUAAAAUAGCCACCAAACUUAUACACAAUAACAACGUAGAUGAUCCCUUUACAAAGUUUCACAUCGAUAAACAAGUUUGGGACGAGUUAAAGGCCAAGUAUGACUCUAUUGAUGACGGCAAAUAUGAGGUUGUUAUUGUAGAUGGCUUUAUGAUUUUCAAUAAUACUGAAAUAUCAAAAAAAUUUGAUUUGAAAAUAUUAGUGCGUGCCCCUUAUGAAGUAUUAAAAAAGAGGAGGGCUUCCAGAAAAGGAUAUCAAACCUUGGAUUCCUUUUGGGUGGAUCCGCCCUAUUAUUUCGACGAAUUUGUGUAUAAAUCUUAUCGUGAAAAUCAUGCGCAGUUAUUUGUUAAUGGAGAUGUGGAAGGCGUACUGGAUCCAAGGAAGUCAAAGAACAUAAAAGAGUUCAUAAAUGAUGAUGACACUCCAAUUGCAAAACCUUUAAAAUGGGUGUGUCAAGAAAUUUCAAAGCUGUGUAAGGACUAG